AUGGUUGCAAUGAUCGAGCAAAAUGGAAUCUCUCAAGGAUUAAAAGACUUAUUAGAUGAGGAUUUUCUAUAUGAGAACACUACAAGAGAAAUACAAGAAGAUCGAGGCAAUUACCUUGAUUGUUUAAAUGAAUUUGUGUCUAGAGAUUUCGUUAAGGCCCUUGAGAAGAUGCAUGGCUAUGGACUUAUCAAUAUUGAUACGCUGGCAGAGCAACCAGAGGUGUUGAAAUUAUUUUUGAAUGCGAGUUCUCAAUUAAGUGAUUGGAGGUUAUUGGAUACUGCUACUUACGUUAAUAUCGAACAUCUAUUGAUAAAUGAAUUAUAUAGUAGUGAAACUGUUACUCAAGAUAUUGAAUUGUUUAAUCUUUAUUUGAGAAGUUGUGUGCAGAUGAUAUUUGAAAAUACACAAUUCAAAGAACAUCCAUUUAGAAGCCAGUUGAUAGCAAAAGCCAAGGAUGUACUAAUAUUGCAUGGGUCAAUUCAUAACCCAGACUUACAAAACAUAGAGUUAUGCAAAUUAGCAGAAUUCUAUUUUAUUAUAUUGUGUAAUGACAAAACUGACCGUCCUUCAUGCACUCAAUUCCAGGAUUUUUGCGAGGAGAACAAUGUCUUAAAGGAAACAUUAAAGAGGACAGAGAUCAAUUACUUAUCAUAUUAUGAUCUUAUUAUAAACAACAUGGAUCCAUCUGAAAACAAGUCAACCAAAGCCACUAUCUUGAGAGAUGCAAAUUCAGAAUCAGCCAAAGAACAAAAUGAUGGCAAGAACGCCGAUGGAGACUUGGUCAACAACCAAGACAUAAGGAUCCAAAUGCUUAAAAACGUAACUAAAUAUUACAAUAUCAUAAAGAACUACAAAAUCAACAAUACAAAACUAAUUGCCUUGAUAGCAUUCACUUUAUUCAUACUGCAGAAAUAUCAUCUAGCAUGGAAAGUCAAGCGGUCUUUGCAAUCACUCGGUAGGAGCAUCCUACCUUCAAUAACACAGAUCAUCAACAUAUUGACCAGCAUCUGA